UUCCCGUCCUUUUUCUCAAACGGUACUCAACAACAGUCAUAUUCCUCCUUUAUCUCUUUUGUACACUUUAUUCCACUUCUCUUUCUCGAAAAAGCUCUUCGUCCAAAGGCUAGAAUGGAAUACUCAAAGGUAAUCGUUGCUCUAAUGUUGGCUUUGGUGGCUGGAUCUGCAUUUGCUCAGGCACCAGGAGCAUCUCCGGCAGCUUCUCCGAAGAGUUCUCCACCACCGGUAGCAUCGUCACCUCCGGUGGCGACUCCUCCAUCUGCAGUAACACCUGUCUCUGCUCCUGCAAAUGCUCCUACUACUGCUUCUUCUCCAUCUGAAUCUCCAUUGGCAUCUCCUCCAGCUCCACCAACUGUCGAUACUCCGGCAUCAUCUCCUUCCGGUGGUGCUGCUCCUCCAUCCAUCGGUGCGGCUCCCAGCGGUUCUCCUACCUCAUCUCCCAACUCUGCUUCCUUGAACAGAGUCGCCGUCGCCGGAUCUGCUGUUGUAGCUAUUUUUGCUGCUACUUUGAUGCUUUAAUUCUCUGAUCUGUGAGAUAUUUUUUGUUUUAUUUUGCCGGAGCCGACGACUUUUAUGGGCGGCGGUAGUCGUGACCGCUGUUAAUUCAUUUUUACUACCACUAUUUGUUGUUUAAUAUUACUACAUUCUUUGUUUAUUAAUGGAGGGUACUAUGAUUUAUUCAUCAACUAGUCAGCUGAAAUAGUGCCUAUGUGUAUUAUUUGUUCUGUUAAAGAUCAUUCAUAUAUUACUUAAUUGGGACA